CCGGCGGUGAGGAGAGGUUUCCUACACCUGGAGAGAAGGAUGUCAAGACGCAGCCGUUUACAAGCUAAGCAGCAGCCCCAGCCCAGCCAGACUGAUUCCCCCCAAGAAGCCCAGAUAAUUCAGGCCAAGAAGAGAAAAACAGCCCAGGAUGUCAGAAAGAGGAGAGAGGAGAAGGUCGCCCAGAAACACCAGUAUGAGAUUAGGAACUGUUGGCCACCUGCAUUAUCUGGGGGGAUCAGUCCUUGCAUUAUCAUUGAAACACCCCACAAAGAAAUAGAAACAAGUGACUUCUCCAGAUUUACAAAUUAUAGAUUUAAAAAUCUUUUUAUUAAUCCUUCACCUUUGCCAGAUUUAAGCUGGGGAUGUUCGAAUGAUGUUUGGCUAAACAUGUUAAAGAAAGAGACCCGAUAUGUUCAUGACAAACAUUUUGAAGUUCUGCAUUCUGACUUGGAACCACAAAUGAGGUCAAUACUUCUAGACUGGCUUUUAGAGGUGUGCGAAGUAUACACACUGCACCGGGAGACCUUUUACCUUGCGCAAGACUUUUUUGAUAGAUUUAUGUUGACACAAAAGGAUAUAAAUAAAAAUAUGCUCCAACUCAUCGGAAUUACCUCAUUAUUCAUUGCUUCCAAACUUGAGGAAAUCUAUGCUCCUAAGCUCCAAGAGUUUGCUUAUGUCACUGAUGGUGCUUGCAGUGAAGAGGAUAUCUUAAGGAUGGAGCUCAUUAUAUUAAAGGCUUUAAAAUGGGAACUCUGUCCUGUAACAGUCAUCUCCUGGCUCAAUCUCUUCCUUCAAGUUGAUGCUCUUAAAGAUGCUCCUAAAGUUCUUCUACCUCAGUAUUCUCAGGACAAGUUCAUUCAGAUAGCUCAGCUUUUAGAUCUAUGUAUUCUAGCCAUUGAUUCAUUAGAGUUCCAGUACAGAGUACUGGCUGCUGCCGCCUUGUGCCAUUUUACCUCUAUUGAAGUCGUUAAGAAAGCCUCAGGUUUGGAAUGGGAAAGCAUUUCUGAAUGUGUAGAGUGGAUGGUGCCCUUUGCCAGUGUAGUAAAAAGUGCUAGUCCAGUGAAGCUGAAGAUGUUUAAUAAGAUUUCUAUGGAAGACAGACACAAUAUCCAGACACACACAAAUUACCUGCCUAUGCUGGAGGAAGUCAAUUACGUAAACACCCUCAGGAAUGGGGGACAACUGUCACCAGUGUGCAAUGGAGGCAUCAUGACACCACCGAAGAGCACUGAAAAACUAUCAGGAAAACACUAAGGAAGAUAACUAAGCUGACAAAUAUUCACUGAGUUUUGGGUAAAAUGUCAUUAAAAUGUACUAAAGUUUUACAGGAAAAUAGUGCCAGAACUACCCUAGCGAAUUCAGAAAUUUCAAUGCCAUUCUUUGAUUUAAAAAAACUAUGUAAAAUUGGCACUAAGAAAUGUAUUUCAUUGUCAGCUGUUUAAAGAAACAGCAGGCCUUGUUUACAAAAAGUUAAUUCCCAAGGUGACUGGCUAGAAGCCAGCCACAAUUUAUGCCAUAAAAUUUUUCUGAUCCAGUGUUACUAUUUUGAUGGACUAGGAAUUUUAUCAUUAAAAUCUUAGACUAGACAAGUGCUACCUUAAAGAGUACAUUAAGUGAUACAGUACUUUGAAUCUAGUUUUUAGAUUCUCAAAAUUCAUAUAUCCUUGCUUAGUGCAAUUUGGUUCUUGAAAAUAAAAUUAAGUAUGUUUACAAAGGUUUAGUUUUGUGCUAAGGUGACUAAUUUUCUAUAGCUGCUGUAGCGAGCUAUUAUAAAACUUGAAUUUUUAUAAAUGGUGAACUUUAAAAAUGUUUUUUUAAGUAGUUUAUUUGCCUUGCCAUACAUAACAUUUUUAACCAGUAAGGCUAAGAACAUGGUGUUUAAAACUGCGCUCUAAACAGUGGGAAUACCAAAGAAAUGAUAAACAAUGUAAAUGCUGUAGCUCCUACUUGGGGCUUCGACAUACAGAUUGCUUUAUAGCAACUUUUUUGUACAUCACAAUUUGAAUGAAAAAACUUAAGUACCCUUUCAAACUAUUUAUAUGAGAAAGUCACUUUAUUAUUCUAAGGCAGUGGUCGCCGAUCUCUCGGACCUCACGGGCCACCUGUUGGGGACCGCUGCUCUAAGGUAUCCCUAAGGAUUUUUUUUUUU